AUGGCAGAACCACAAGAGCCCUUCCCCGGCGCAGACGGCAUCCGCUCCCUCAAAGACCAAGACUCCAUCUUCAGAGCCUUUGACUCUUACCCCUGGACCAAAGACGCCGCCUUUCUCUCCGGCCUCCGCGCCAUCCUCGGACCCCCCAACCCCUCCUCCUCCUCCCAAAAAGGCUCCCUCCGCGACAUCGCCACCCACGCCCGCAUCUUCUACUACGCCCAGCGCAUCGGCGUCAACAUCGACUUCGCCGCCUACCACGCCUGGCUCGCCCAACACCCAGACCACAGCACGCCUCACAUCGUGCCCCCCGAGUACGAACAGCAGCCUACUCCGUCCCAUACAGCAGCAGCAGCAGCAGCACCACCACCACCACAAGCAGAGGCAACCCCGUGGCAACAAGCCGCCCCCAAAGCAGACCUCUACGUCCAGCGCAACAAACCCUCCUCCCCCUCUUCCCAUUCUCAUGCGUCCUCAUCAGAGCCAGAACCAGCAUACCCAAUCGCCUUUGCGGAAAUGAUCAAGCUCCUCCAGGAGGGCAAGCCCAUUCCCGGCAUCAGGCAGAUUCCCAACACCAUUGAACGAGAUCCCGCAGUCAAGCCUGUUGGAUCCCGUCCCGUCCCCAGAAAGCCUUGGGAAAGGGAGGCUUCCGCUACUGCGGAGGCGAGUUCCGGCUUUGCAGAGAACAUCCUAGAUCUCGAGUUUCCCCCGGUGGAACAGGCGGCUACAGCUGCGACACAGUCUUGA